AUGCAGGUUCUAGUUCUGUUGGCUGCCGCAGUGGUAGCAGAGCAGAAGAGGGAAGCUGAACCUCAUUACGGAUAUGCUGGACACUAUGGCUAUCCUUACCGUGCUUAUGGUUAUGGCUAUGGCGUCCCUGGAGGUCAUGUGCAUGUUCACGCUCUAGCUAAACGUGAAGCCAAUCCCGAAGCUGAACCACAUUACUACGGAGGCUACGGUUAUCCAUACGGACACCUCUACGCCCCACACGCCCACUCCUACGUCCACACCCAUGGCAUCGGCAAGAGGGAAGCUGAGGCCGAACCAGAGCCUCACUAUGGAGGGUAUGGCUAUGGCCCUUACCGUCCCAAUGGUUAUGGCCUCUACCGCCCAUUUGGCUACGGUCUUUACGGACCUUUUGGCUAUGGAUAUUAUGGAUGA